GCCUGAGCCGGCCUGGGAGCCCGCGGAGCCGAGCGCAGCGAGAGAGCGAGCGCGCGAGCGCCUGGGCGGCUGCGGCGGCUCCUCGCGCGAUGGCUCCGGCCGCGGACCGCCAGGGCUACUGGGGCCCCCCGACCUCCACGCUGGACUGGUGCGAGGAGAACUACGCGGUGACCUGGUACAUCGCCGAGUUCUGGAAUACAGUGAGUAAUCUGAUUAUGAUUAUACCUCCGGUUUUUGGUGCAAUUCAGAGUGUUAGAGAUGGACUGGAAAAGCGGUACAUUGCUUCCUAUUUAGCACUCACAGUGGUAGGAAUGGGAUCCUGGUGCUUCCACAUGACUCUGAAAUAUGAAAUGCAGCUCUUGGAUGAACUCCCAAUGAUUUACAGCUGUUGUAUAUUCGUGUACUGCAUGUUUGAAUGUUUCAAGACGAAGAGCUCUGUAAACUACCAUCUGCUUUUUACCUUAGUCCUAUUCAGUUUAAUAGUAACUACAGUUUACCUUAAGGUAAAGGAGCCUAUAUUCCAUCAGGUCAUGUAUGGAAUGUUGGUCUUCACAUUAGUAGUUCGGUCUAUUUAUAUCGUUACAUGGGUUUAUCCAUGGCUUAGAGGACUGGGUUAUACAUCCUUGGGUAUAUUUUUAUUGGGAUUUUUAUUAUGGAACAUAGAUAACAUCUUUUGUGACUCACUGAGGAACUUUCGAAAGAAGGUGCCACCUAUCAUAGGUGUUACCACUCAGUUUCAUGCAUGGUGGCAUAUUUUAACUGGCCUUGGUUCUUAUCUUCACAUCCUUUUCAGUUUAUAUACAAGAACACUUUACCUGAGAUACAGGCCAAAAGUGAAGUUUCUCUUCGGAAUCUGGCCAGUGAUCUUGUUUGAGCCUCUCAGGAAGCACUGAUGAAUUAUUUCACCAAGAAAACAAACAAAAAAAGCGCAUACCAUAGACCUGGCCAAAUGAAUAAGGAAAUCCUUAAAGAUCUACAUGUUCAAAUAUAUCUGACCAUCAUAGCUUUGGAGUGACUUUCUGAUUAAUGCUGCCAGCCACACAAAGAAUGAGGAAUGGGGUUUUUGGGUGUUUAACUUGUAUCUUUAUCUCAUUUGUCUUCCUCCUCCUCCUCACCCUCACCCUAAUGUGUUUGAAAAGAAAUAAGACAUGAUGUGUAUGUAUAUACUCGAAUGCCGGAAAAAUUGGGCUUUUCUUAACAGGUUAGCAGUUUAUGCUGAUCAUAGGAAAUUAACUGUUCUUCUUUUUUUGACAAGGCUUGCAUGUGAAUUAAACUUCUCUUAAUACUUGAUUAAAUACUGAAAACAGCUAAGGACUGGCAAAACCCCAUAUUCAGAUGGCCAGCUGUAAGGCUGCACUUAGCUGUGUCAGCCUUGGUUUAUAUUUUUGUCAUAGUAACCUCAUGGAAGGUUGUUUCCAGGGUAAAAAAAAAAAAGCUCUCUGUGGGAUUCUGGUAGUUCUUCACUGUCUGCCUCUGGGCUAGUCAGUGUCAGAGACAAGCUCCGAGCUGCCACUGGGUUCUAUACUUGUCACAUUCCAGAUCUGUGGUGGGCUCUGGGGUGUCUGUGUGUGGUUACAGCCCCGCAGAGUGGGUGUGUCUUCUUGUAAGCUUUACGAAGGCCAUCAGGACGCGUGUAGAAUGUCGCUCCUCUAGCUAAUUACAUGUGAUUGCUCUCUUUCUUUUGACCUUUGCAGAUAUUUAAAUUAUCACUGUUUUUAUGUCUAGGAAAACAUGAUUGGUGGUCUGACCAAUCCACAUUUCAUCCUGCUAUCCUCCUAGCAUAACUUACUUGAAGUGAAUGUCAUUAUACUCUGACUUUUUAAAUUAUGCAGUGUGCUCCAGUUUUCAAAGAGGCUGUAGUUAAGGCCAGGGAAAUGUGUUGGUUUAGCUAGAGCUAAAAUGAUCAGGAUCCUAUUUACAGAAAGCUUAUUGGAAUACCUGCUCCUUCUUUUUUUUGAAGGAAAUGCAUAUAAGGGUUGAAAACAGCUGUAAUUUACUUGAACUUGUAACAGAACUACCAAAAAUUAAAGUGCUAAUGGCAGUGAAAUCUCCUUGUAAGGCAGCUAGUUCUAAUUUGGAUUUGAAUGUAUAACAAAUAGAAUUAUUCUUCAUAAACAUAACACCUUCCUGGAGUAAAAACCUGAUUUUGACUCCUUUGCACACACAUCACUCUAUUUGUAGCUCUGUACCAUUUAGCAUUUUUAUAACUUUUUCCUGCUUAUACAUUGUUAUAAAAUCCAGGCUGUUUUUACUACAUGGUGUCAUGACCACAGAUUAAAUUCUGAGCAACAGCUUCUAAAAGAAAAUCAUUUUUUCUUAUGCAAAGGUAUGAAACACUCUUGUCAUUUUUCCAAUUUUCAGGAAGUAGCUUUGGUACAAAUUUAAAACCAAAACAAAAUUUGUUGUUUUUCUUCACCAGCUGGCCUUAAUUUUAGUCCAAGUACUAUUUUCCUUACUUUAGCAUGCCAACACGCCCUUAGGCAGAUACUCCCACCUACUCUUAUCAUCCUCCAGCAGAAAAAAACACUUGCCAAAAUAUAAAUCUAAAAGAACUUUAGUUGUGCCUUAGGAAAAUAUAAACUAAACAGCUCCAACACAAGCCCUUAGGACUAUUCUUUUACCACAAGAUUCUGGCAUCUGGCUACAUUUCAUGUGCAGCUGCCUAGGCUGUCAGCCAUCUGACAUUUUUAAAUUAGUUCGUUUGUUUCACGCCAUUGUCUUCUUGUCCUUUUCUCUAAGAUAUACUUCUGCAUAAAGAAUCCAUGUACAGAAACAAAGGCACAUCCUUCCUGACUGUGCUGCUAACCCCGAGACUGAGGUUCUGCCCUAUUGAAGUCAGACUCAGGGUCUAGAGAGCACACCCUGACACUGAGGCCCUUUACAACAGCAUGUUGAACGAGCGGCUCAGCCACCACCACCUGUAGUUCCUCUUGAAUAAAGUCUCAUUGGAGACCUGUAA